CAAGCAAGAGGUGGACGCAUCACUGACUCAUCCCAUCUACUCCUCUCUCUCUCUUUAAAAGUCUCUUCCUUUCUCUCUGGUCUCUACUACACAACAGCUGCAACCAACCACAAUGGCUACCUUUUUUCUUCUACUAUUUUCUCUUCUGUUCUUCUCUGCUUCUGCUCAUAUUCACUAUGUAGCGAGAGUAACUGAUAACCCUGCAGAUCAACUUGUUGCUGCACUUAACGAUAAUAGAACUGCGAAAAAGGAAUCAACCCUCUAUGACAACCCAGGCCUAGGCUGCAUUGCUUUGCAGUACAUAAAAGCAUACCAAGGGGACUGCAGUGUUGUAGGAGGAGAUGAUGCCAAGAAGCCUUUUGAAUCUCAAUUCGCUGAUACAUUUGCCCCCAAUUGUGGCGUCAUAGCCUCAACUCUCAGCCAGAUCACUGGUCGUUUAGUUGCCUGCCAGUCCAAAUAUGUUGAGCCUUCUAAAGCAUUCUCAGAAAUUCUAAUGAAGGAUAGCAAGAGCUUAGAAAUACUCCACAAUAAAAAUCACACAGAAGUAGGGGCUGCUGUUACUGGCACUGAUGGUGGGGAUCCCUAUUUUUGGUGUGUGUUGUUCAGCAAUGGUACGCGCAAUAGUAGCUUUACUUUGGAGGGAGGCGAAGCUAAGAUAACAAAGCCUGGGUGCUUUAGUGGUGCCAAUGAUGUGUGCAGUAGUGCUAAUGAUUGGCCUCGGUCGAUCACUCUGUGGUCCUACAUCGCCACGGCCUUCAUUGCAGCUGCAUAUGCCUUUGGUUUAUAGAUGCUAUAUCAUGUCUUCUCAGAGUUUAAGCUAUUUUUUCACCGGAUUUUGGGCCAUCUUUUGCUCCAUUGUAUUGGUUGGCAUGCGUGGCCUAUGCAAUUUCUGUACUCUAAUUCAUUUUCAGUUUAUUGAUUCAUAUUAUGUCGAGUGCAAUAAUGUGCUUUCAUUCCCUUCAA